GGCCCUGAAACGCCAGCGCAGCCCCCGUUGGAGGGGGCAGCAGGAGGACUGAGGGGGUCAUCCACGCUCCCAGGGCUGCGAGGACCACGGGACAAUACCUGGGGAUUGGGAGCCAUCCCAACGUCUGCUUGGGUUUGGGACGCUGGUCUGAAAGGACGCUGGUGCCCAUCCAACCCGAUGAGGAGCCGGGGCUGCGCAUGAACCUAUGCAGACCAGGAAGAAAUACAUUUUCCUGACUUUCCUUGCCUCUUGGCUCCUGCUUUUCUUCUUUGGAGGAAACCAACUGCGCCGUUUCGCUUUCUUUUCUGGGAGGAAAGGUGAAGCUCAGAGGAAUUGGCCCCGCUGGACGGAUCGGUCCCUUCUCAAAAGCUUUGCAGACCCUGAGGAGCUCCAGAGCGAUGAGGACCCCUCGCUGCCACCGCCUCGGGCACGGCGGGCGGCGCGGCUGAGCAUCUACAAGAACAGUAGAUGUCGGAUGGAAACCUGCUUCGACUUCUCCAGGUGUGAGAAGCACGGCUUCAAAGUCUUCACCUACCCCCGGGAGAAGGAUCAGCCCCUCUCGGAGAGUUAUGGCAAAAUCCUUACCUCCAUCGAGCGCUCUCGCUACUACACCCCGAACCCCGAGGAAGCCUGCCUCUUCAUCCUCAGCAUCGACACGCUUGACCGUGACCACCUCUCGGGUCAAUAUGUCCGUAAUGUCGAUGAGAAAAUCCGCAGCUUCCCACUCUGGAACGGCGGCCGUAACCACCUCAUCUUCAACCUCUACUCGGGCACUUGGCCCAAUUACACUGAGGACUUGGGCUUUGACAUCGGCCAAGCCCUCCUGGCCAAAGCCAGCUUCUACACCGAGAGCUUCAGGCCAGGCUUUGACAUCUCCAUCCCUCUCUUCCCUAAGGACCACCCGCAACGCGGUGGGGAGAGAGGGUGGUUGUACCAGGACUCCAUCCCCCCGAGAAAGAAAUACUUGUUGGUGUUCAAGGGGAAGCGAUACCUGACCGGCAUCGGUUCCGGCACCAGGAACGCGUUGCACCACAUCCAUAACGGGAAGGACAUCAUCUCGCUCACCACCUGCAAGCACGGCAAGGACUGGCAGAAGCACAAGGACACGCGCUGUGACAAGGAUAACGUCGACUAUGAAAAGUUCGACUACCAGGAGCUGCUGCACAACUCCACCUUCUGCAUCGUCCCCCGGGGCAGGCGCUUGGGCUCCUUCCGAUUCCUGGAGGCUCUGCAGGCUGCCUGCAUCCCCGUGCUGCUGAGUGAUGGCUGGGAGCUGCCCUUCGCCGAAGCCAUCGACUGGGGCAAAGCCGCUGUCGUGGGCAACGAGAAGCUGCUGCUGCAGAUCCCCUCCGCCGUCCGCUGCAUCCACCCCGAGCGCGUGCUGGCUUUCCAGCAGCAGACCCAGUUCCUCUGGGACGCAUACUUCUCCUCCGUCGACAAGAUCGUGCACACCACCUUGGAGAUCAUCAAGGACCGGCUGCUCCCUCACCGCUCCCGUUCCCGAUUCCUCUGGAACGCGCUGCCCGGGGGGCUCCUGGCCCUGCCUGACUUCUCCACCCACCCUGGGGACUUUCCCUUCUACUACCUGCAGCAUGGCUCCAGUCCCUCUGAGAAGUUCACGGCUCUCAUCCGGGCUGUCUCGCCGUCGGGGUCCCUCUCCCAGCCCCUCCUCAGGCUCAUCCAGGCCGUCUCUGGAUCGCAGUAUUGUGCCCAGAUCCUGGUGCUGUGGAGCUACGAGAAGCCACCACCGCCACGUGGGAAAUGGCCCCAGACCACCGUGCCUCUGACCAUCAUCCAGGGCAGGAGGAAGCUCAGCGACCGCUUCUUCCCCUACGCAGCCAUCCAGACGGAUGCCGUGCUGGGCCUGGACGAGCACACCAGCCUCUCAACCAGCGAGGUGGACUUUGCCUUUGUGGUGUGGCGCAGCUUCCCCGAGCGCAUCGUGGGCUUCCUCACACAGAGCCAUUUCUGGGAUGCUGAGCAGAGGCGCUGGGGCUACACCUCGAAGUGGACCAACGAGCUCUCCAUCGUCCUCACUGCUGCCGCCUUCUACCACAGGUAUUACCACAGCCUCUUCAUGGAAUACCUGCCGGCGGGGCUGCGGGACCUGGUGGACAGCUUGUCCGCCUGCGAGGACAUCCUGAUGAACGUCCUGGUGGCUGCUGUCACCAAGCUGCCGCCCAUCAAGGUCUCUCAGCGCAGGCAGCACAAGGAGACUGUGCCCCAGCAGGUAGCGUGCAAGGAGGGGACUGCGGGGACCACCGCAGCGUGGGAGCAGAGCCCCUCAUCCCGACGUUCCUCUCUCGACAAGGUGAAGGGCACGGCAGGGACAACCGGCAGCCGGCAUUUCUACCAGCGGCAGGACUGCCUCAACCAGUUGGCGGACUGGUUUGGGUCUAUGCCCCUCGUGUCCUCCCAGCUGCGCCUCGACCCUGUCCUCUUCAAGGACCAGGUCUCCGUCCUGCGCAAGAAAUACCCUCGCUUGGAAAAACCCUGAGGGCUGCUGGGGAUCGGGGUCAGGGCCGGCUCUGGGUGCUCGGAGCCCUCCCGGUCGCUGCUGACGGGGUUUUACUCGUUAUUGGGAUUUACCAGUGCAAUAAAGGUGAGUGGAGGCGCAGCGUC